AUGAGGAUAUUUCUAGUCCUCUCCAAAGUGAUGCAUACAAACCUUGAAAAGUUCCUCCGUUGGAUCAAAGCAUGCCGGCGUCUACACGAUCAGCUUAAUGCUCAGAGGAUAAAUAAACAUAGAACAGUUUGUUCAAAGCAUUUUAUAGAAGGUAAUGGACCAACUCUUCAAUAUCCUGACCCAACACCAGCUGAUAGCUCCAUUCUACGACCAGCAAGACCAGUUCGCAAGCGCAGUCUUAGUCUGAGUGAAAAUCAGACUGUCAUCAAAGAAGAUAAUUGUGAGUACAAUGGAUGUAGAAGGCAAUGUACAGGACGAGGAAGAUGAUUUAAACAAGAUAAACAACAGUGACAACAUUGCUGUAUAAACAGAAGACCUUGUAAGCAAACAUUUGAAAGGUUUUGCUAACAUUUAAUUGUGUACAUUUUGAUUGGCAAGAAAUGGUUUUCCAUAGGUUUUGAAAAAAAUACACAAAUUUUCAAGCAUUAAAAUAUGAAUGGCAGGUCAGGCCAUAUCCUCUCUACAAAUUUAUCUUUUUGUGUAUACACAACAAAAUCAUAAAAUGUACCACCUGUGAUUAAGAGUUGACCCUGAACUUGUGCAUAAUAUGUUUGAGUGUUUUUCAAUGUAAUG